AUGGUGGCCUUGAUGAUGGGUGCUGAAUCUGUUACCGCUAUCAUCAAUCGUAGGUUGAUAGAUGAAAACCACGAUAUUUUGUUCCUUCUACGGGAAUCAGAUGGUCAAGAUCUUUGUGAUCUGGACGAACAGGUCGUCGAUGAACAGGUCGACAAACCGGAAGAGCUAGUGGAAGGUUACGACAGGAAUUCUGUAGGACCAAGUCCCAUUUACGGGAUUUGCCCUUCCACUUGUAGGGACGAGUCCUAUGCUACUAUGAGAAGAAGGUGCAAGAUGUUCAGUGAGCUGGAGUUCUCGGCAUGUCACCUCUUGUUUCCCCUUCCAUACCAAUUUGUUAAGUACUGUGAGAGGCGUAAUAUCGCCUUUACCCAGAUGACUCAUGCGAUUGUUUGUAACAUCGUCGGCUUGAUGGUCUUAGGUACUGAGGACGAUAUCAAAUUUUCUAUUGAGAUGUUCGAGCAAGUUUCUUUGCUCAAGGAAGGCUCAAUUACCGGUUGUUGA